AUGUGCAGAUGGACGCCAUCCGUUGCUCACCUCCAUCCGCCUGAACACGCAGCCUUUACCAGGCGACAGCCUCUCCCGACGCCCGGUGUGGCCACCUUCUGCUUGGCAUGCCUGGCCUUGCUACUGGCUGGCACCGGUGCCGCCUCAGGGGCCUGCCCUCCCGGGUUAGGGCGUGAGCCCCUCCAGGUUUUGACGAACUGUUCGUGGACGCUGGAGAGGCACACGAGAAGUUAUAAUCAUCUGGAGGGCGACGUGCGACUGCGGCGGCUUUACUCGGCCAACAAGUUCUUCCUGUGCAUUGAUAAAACGGGCAAGGUGGAUGGCACGCGCCGGAAAAACUACGCAGACAGUCUGAUGGAAAUCCGAUCUGUCAGUGUGGGAGUAGUCGCCAUCAAGUCUGUCAGCACUGGGCUGUACUUAGCUAUGUCCAAGAAAGGCACGCUCUUCGGAUCGGUCAAGUAUAACCCCAGCUGCAAGUUCAAGGAGCGCAUCGAAGAGAACGGCUACAACACGUACGCUUCGCUGCGGUGGAAACACGGUGGCAGGCAGAUGUUCGUCUCGCUGAACGGGCGGGGAAAGCCACGACGAGGCCACAAAGCCAGACGAAGACACCCGUCCACUCACUUCCUGCCUAUGCUGCCUUCCUAG